AUGUCGCACUACCUUGCUGCCUUUGGUUGUCUACUUCUGGGCACCAUGAGGAUGAACAGGAAAGAAGUGCCUGCUGAAGCCAAGGAUGUGAAGAAGAGAAGCAGCGACACCACCAUCUUUUUCUCGAAGGGCAAGAGCAAACUUGUCUCCUACUACAACGAGAAGAAAAAUGGGGUUGAUACUGCCGAUCAGAUGGUCAGGUAUUACAGCUGCAGACGCAAGACCUACAGAUGGAACAUUCGGGUCUUGUACGACAUGAUCGAUAUUGCGGCUCUCAAUGGGUACAAGACCUACUCAGCAUUCAAUAAAGGUGAUCGUAUUAAUAUCCGAAUAAGCUUUCAAGGGAAUUGA